AUGUCUUAUUCAGAUAGAGAAACAGAGAAGGAAGAGAACAUAGAGAUUGAUGAUCAACUCAUACUGAUUAAAGCAGAGUCAACUGAUACUUCUGUCCAGAAACAUAUUCAAGAAGAAGAAACUCAUGACAACACCGGUGAUGAGUUAAACUUACAUGAAAUAGAUGAAAUGUUUGAAAGCUCGAUCGAAGCAUCAAAGGCUGCCCCUGCUGAAGAUGAAUCAAUAACAGAAGAGAUAACAACUUCAAACAAGAGACCAAGCGAAGAAGAAGAGGAAGCAGAGGGUGUAAACAAGAAACAAAAAACGAAUGAAUCAGAAGAAGUACCGAAUCCGGAAACUGAAAAGGAAGCUACAGACUCUGAACAAACACCUGAGAUACGACACGAUAAAGGGCCUGAAAAGAAUGAGUCAAAUGCUACCCCACAGGAGUCUGACAAGCCAUCUGAACAAACAGAUACCAAUGAAACCAACGCCGAAGCUGACCAGGAGAAAGAAGCCACUCCAACUGUAAACGAAAAAGAAGACUUGGAAAUGAUUGCAACUGAAUUAGAAGCCGCAACAGAAUCCAACAAGGAGAAACCAACAGAUAACAAUAUCGACCCUUCACUCGGUGAACCGGAGAACAAAGAAAAUAAUUCAGACAAAGAGGAAUCCGAGAAAGAAGCCAUAUACUCAGGCACACCAAUUCCAGCCAACUCAGAAUUAUUAAGCACUCAUUCAGCCUUGGCAGCAUACAAUGCACUUGCAACUCAAUUACCACCCCUUGCAGGUUUAGCUAAUGCCAAUUUGGCGGCCUUACCAUUGCAGAUCGUGGCUCCAGAUUAUCUCCCACCCAGAAUUCAACUUUUGAUCAAUACUUUACCUACGUUGGAUAAUUUGGCUACUCAAUUACUUAGGAUUGUUGCUCUUGGACCAUAUCAGAAAAUUAUUGACUUGGCAUCUAAUCCAGAUACACCUGCCGGGGCCACAUUUCGAGAUUUAACAUCUCUUUUUGAAUUUACUAAAAGAUUGUAUUCUGAAGAAGAUCCAUUUUUGACUGUUGAACAUUUAGCCCCAGGGAUGUGGAAAGAAGGAGAAGUCACACCAAGUAUUUUUAGAAACCGAGAACAAAGUAUAGAAUCAACAUUAAGAAAGGUCAAUUUAGCGACUUUUUUAGCUGCCACAUUAGGUACUAUAGAAGUCGGGUUCUUCUACUUGAACGAAUCAUUUUUGGAUGUAUUUUGUCCUUUCAACAACUUAGAUCCGGUGAAUGCUUUAUCUAACAUGGGUACUGAAAAUCGAAGUUUACAAAGUGUUGGAAAUGCAAUUGGAGAACGAGUAGGAAAAAUGUUAAAACAACACUCUAUGUUAUAUUUAGAUUUGAAGACCCAAGCAUAUAUUUCUGCAAUUGAAGCGGGAGAACGUUCGCGUGAAGAAAUCUUAGAAGAUAUUUUACCUGAAAAUAUGCAAGAAAUACUUUUGGCAAGAAGAGCAGUCAAAGGAUUGUCUCCAACAGAAGAUGAUUUCAUAGACCGUUGUAAAACUCGUAAAGAGAUUCUUUUGAAUUAUCCUAGUGACAAAAAUAUAAGUGAAGAAUACGGUUGGUUUGCAUUCUUGAAAGAAUUAUUUGAAUAUGUUUCCAAAAAUAUGGGAUUCUUAAUCUGGGGUAAGAAAGGAAAGGUCACUGCCACCAAGGAAAGAGGCAGAAAAAUAAACACUCCACAUAGUCAAGAGACAUUAGAAGCAGCCGAAAAAGCAGCAGCUGCUCAAGCUGCCGCGGACGCAUCAGUUGCAGCAGCCGCCGCGGCCGCAUCCAGAGAAACCAUGCAACGAGCUAGAGAAAAUCGUCCACCCACAAUUCCGUUACCUCUGGAAGAAGGGGUUGAUCUUGAAGGUCCCGAAUACAGAGAGAUCACUAAUACAUUACUACCCUCCGAAAUCCAGGAACAACAGAUUCAUAUUCGUUUGAAUCCAGGUUCAGCUCAGAAGGGUACCCACAGAAGACCAUGGACAAGAGAGGAAGAAAAGGCAUUAAGGCACGCUUUGGAAUUGAAAGGGCCUCAAUGGGCGACUAUCUUGGAACUAUUUGGUCAUGGAGGGAAGAUAUCUGAAGCACUUAAGAAUAGAACCCAAGUACAAUUGAAGGAUAAGGCAAGAAAUUGGAAGAUGUUUUUCUUGAAGAAUGGACUUCCGAUUCCGGGGUAUUUACAAGGAGUUACUGGUGAUUUGGAGAGAGAUGAGAAACAGAAAACAUCGAAGACCAGAAGUAAGAAGACAGCUGCUGCACCUGUGCCUUCUGUUCAGCAACAAAAGAAAUAG